GGUUGGGGCGACCGUGGCCCCGCCGCCUCCCGAGGAGGAAGCGGAAGCGGCGCUUGGUGGGGAGCGCCCGGCGGGGCCACGGCGUGGCGGAGCAGCCCAAGGGAAGAGUUGCACACUUCUUUGCAAUUAACGUGACAGCUGAAUUGGGGUAACGCUGUUAUAUUUUCCUCCUUGCAACUUCCUGAAUUCCUUUGUGACAUUACAGAAUGGAUAUAUGUUUCUCUUCCCUUUCUUAAUCUCACUAAAUAUACCCUCGUGGCUUGGAAUAAUGUGAUUUUUUCAGUUCUAGUCUGGCCUGUGGAUUCUGAUGUCCAGCAUACCAGCAUUCUCACUCCAUUGGCCCAUCUUAGUUCCUGUGAUUUUUCAUUAAAUAGAGCCUGUGAACUAAUCAUCUUCUGCAGAGGCUGUUAAAUAAAAGUUAUGUGAGUUUAACAGUAGAAACAAGCUGGUUUUUAUCUCCAGAGAAAGGACACUUAUUGAUGGCUGUCUAAAAAAAAAUCUUUCUGUCACAGAGCAUCUUUGAUUCUUCUGCUUCCAUUUGAAGUCAUUGGGGGAACUGCUUAGUUCCAUGGGAUUAAAUUGAUCAUUGUUGGACUGUGCCUGAAGCAAUUGCUAAGAAUUUACAUAGUGUUUAGUUUGUAUUGCUGUUGUGUUGAGGAGCCUUGAUUAUAAAGCCUGUUGUAGUCGAUAAUGUAUAGGAAUAAUACAUGGGGAUACAGAACAGGAAUACAAGUAAAUGUUCAUCAGAUGCAGUUAAUUCUGUGUAAAGUGAGCAUUGCGACCGGUUUGGGUACAACUCUUAAGGUGUCAAACUGUGCUUUGCAACUCUGUACUUUAACAGUGUUCUGGAAAUGUCAGGAAUGUUACUCUUCAGUUACUUCUCAUACCUCUGCAUAUCUCAACAAAAUGGAAGGUAACAUAUUUACACCACAGAAUAAAAGUUCUAUUUUGAUUCUAACUAUAACUGACCUAAAUAUGGUAACUUUGGUGGGUUGAUUUUGCUUGAUAGGUCUGCUUGGUUUUUUUUUCUUUUGUGGUCUGGAUAACUGGCAAAAAAAAAAAUCUUAUACGCUGUUAGUAUUGCAUUUUGCAUGAGUUCAAAAUAUGUUUCCAGUAACUGGUAGUUGAGGGUUUGUGUUAUUAGUAUUUCUGUUGAUAUAAUCUUCAGUUGUCAUAUGAUAAAUACCCAAAUAAAACUACAUGUAUGUCUUCCUCCUGUCCAUGAACAUUUAUUUAAAAUUACUUGUGAUAUUCAGAUUCUGAUAAAGGCAGGAAAAAGUUCAGUUAUGUGAGCUUAUGGUCAAGGUAAGCCUGUUCAUUCUGCAUCCCUUGCUGCCCCCAGAGCCGGUAGUAGUGAUGCAGAUCAACAGUCUUCACAGUUCAGCUCUUGAUUAAUCCUUACGCUUCCAUCCCAGAUGAAUCUGGCCUUAGUGGGCUUGUUUUGCAUAUGCCUGGCUUUGUAACCCUCAGUUCACUCAUACUACCUUACACCUGGUGAUAACUUCAUUGUUUCAAAUAAAUGUCAUUUAAUGAAUACUAACCACAAUGGGGUUCCAAGAAAGCAGUUGUAAGCCUUAAAAAGUCAAGGGAGAGGAAAAUUUAUUGGGCUUUUAGAGUUUACAUUUGUUGUUUACACAUUUCUUCAAGGUUCCCUCAUUCAGUGUAGAAACAUUGUCAAUCUGUUUAGGAAUACCACCGUUUUCUUAUUUCAUAUCUGUGAUUUGAACCUGCUUUGUGAGAGGGAUUUUAAAAGCAAGCUUUAAUACGCCAUUCACUGCUCUUCGGGGAAAUGUUACUUUUCUGUUCUUGCAGUGAUAUUCCUUGUCCUUCCAGCCAGCUAGACUGGAAGAGGGAAAGGAGAACAAGAACUAUGCGUACUAGGAAGUAUUAGCCUUAUCUCAUGUGUAACUUGAUACUCAAUUUAAAGUCUUAUUGACUGUUUUAAAAUGUGUGCUGUAUAUUUGAAUUUCUUUGCAGCACAGCACCUGCUUGGUUUGGGUACUUGGACUUGCAUUUUGUUUGUGGGCAUGCACCUAAACUGAUUUGAAACCUAUACUAUGGAACACUAUAUACAGAAAAUGUUAAAUAAUAUCUGUUCACUGCAUAGAGAAUAUGAAGUUGACUGAUUGUCUUCCAACAACACUUGAGUUUGUACAGCAUUUUUCAUGCAGAUUGUAUUUGAACACUUUGAAAGUAAAUAAUACUGGGGGGGUAAAGAGGCAUUUUCAAUAAAUUUAUCAAGGAGAAUGAGUAUUCCUUUUCUUACAGAAAUCAGGUAGUCAGAUAAAGGAGAUUACAGAAAAGUAUGCCUGAACUAGGCUGACAGGAUGCAGUGCAUUUUUGUGUACGUAACAAGAGAAGUAAAAAAAUAUAGAUAAGAAACUGGGAUGAAAUAAAACCAAUGAUUUUGAGUAGAACCAAAUCUGCACCACUGUAAAAUUUGUUCUUGUCUUGAAAGGAAGGUCUUGGGAUAUUUUAAAUUAACACAUCUUUGUAUCAUCUUGCAGAGCGUUUCUGUGUAGCCCUUGAUUAGCUGCUAUGAGCUUACUAUAUAGUGGUAACAGUUGUGGAGCCCAAGACGCAGAAAGUGGCUGCUGUGCAGCUAUGGCCAGUGCCUGCAGUGCUGGAGCAAAAGAAGACAGUGUAACUGUCAGCAGUGGGACUGGAAACCCUCCAAGUUCUUUCACAGAGGAAACACAAGGAUAUGAUGUGGAGUUUGAUCCGCCCUUGGAAAGUAAAUAUGAAUGUCCAAUCUGUUUGAUGGCUCUUCGGGAGGCAGUGCAGACACCAUGUGGACACCGUUUCUGCAAAGGCUGCAUUGUCAAAUCAAUAAGAGAUGCAGGUCACAAGUGUCCAGUAGACAACGAAAUUCUGCUCGAAAAUCAGCUUUUUCCUGACAACUUUGCUAAACGAGAAAUCCUUUCAUUAAUAGUUAAGUGUCCCAACAAGGGCUGCAGUUUGAAGAUGGAGCUGAGACAUUUAGAGGACCACCAGUUGCAGUGUGAUUUUUCCACUGUGGAAUGCCCACAGUGCCAAGGAGCCUUCCAGAAGAACCAUCUGAAAGAGCAUAUGAUGCAGGAGUGUCCAAGGCGUCAAGUCUGCUGUCCAAACUGUGCCACAGCUAUGGCCUAUGAAGAUAGAGAGCUUCAUGACCAAACCUGCCCACUCGCCAAUGUAUUUUGUGAAUAUUGCAACACGGUGUUCAUUAGAGAGCAGAUGCCUAACCACUAUAACAAUGAUUGUCCUACUGCCCCAGUGCCAUGUUUUUACAGUGCCUUCGGAUGUCCUGAAAAGAUGCAAAGGAAGGAACUGGCACGACAUAUGCAAGAGUUCACUCAGGUUCACAUGAGAAUGAUGGCUCAGAGUUUUCAGAAUAUCAGUGUUACUGCUACAAAUCCUGUACCCUUCAUCAGUGGCCUACCCUUUGAUCCUGCCCUCUUCUCACACGUCUCACAUACUGCAUAUGAUUGUAAUCCAGAAGUUGAAAACUUCAAAGAAACUAUUCAGCAAUUGGAAGGUCGUCUGGUAAGACAAGAUCACCAAAUCAGAGAACUCAUCGCUAAAAUGGAGACUCAGAACACUCAUGUUGCAGAACUCAAACGUACUAUCCGAAAUUUAGAGGAAAAGAUUACUGAAAUGGAAGCGCAGCAAUCUAACGGUAUUUAUAUCUGGAAGAUUGAGAACUUCAGUGGACUUCAGAAAGCCCAGGAAGAAGAGAGACCUGUUGUGAUGCACAGUCCUGGCUUCUAUACUGGAAAGCCUGGCUACAAGCUGUGCUUGCGUCUGCAUAUCCAAUUGCCAAAUGCUCAGCGUUGUGCUAAUUUCAUAUCUCUGUUUGUCCACACUAUGCAAGGAGAAUAUGACAGCCAUCUGCCCUGGCCCUUCCAAGGCACUAUACGACUUUCUAUUUUGGAUCAGUCAGAAGGCCCUGAAAGGCAGAAUCAUGAAGAAGUAAUGGAAGCCAAGCCAGAAUUACUAGCCUUCCAGAGACCAACAAUUCACCGCAAUCCAAAAGGUUUUGGUUAUGUGACUUUCAUGCAUCUGCAAACCUUGAAACAAAGGACCUUCAUAAAGGAUGAUACCCUUCUGGUGCGCUGUGAAGUUCUAACACGUCUAGAUUUAAACAGUCUCCGCAGAGAAGGAUUUCAAGCUCGCAGCACUGAUGGAGCUAUGUAGUCUGUAAGUCUUAACCAAAGGAAUGGAGCCACUAGUCAUGUUCUUCCACCAUAGCUUGCAAGUGUGCUUCAUCAUCCAUAUAGGGUGCUUUUGUAAAAGAUCAUAGUUGGCAACAUAGCUGAUCUUCACCUGAAUGGAACUUUGUUGUUGCUGGUAUACUUUUUUCUGUAUGAGGUCAUGUGUUGACAUAUUCGAUGUUGUUCUCUAUUAAAGUAAUAAGCUGGUUCUGUAGUAAGCUAACCAAAUGAAGCAUUGUUAAAUAAAACUACCUACAGGAGUAUCCUAUUGAAGUACCUGUAUGUCUCAGUUCGCGAAAACAUAUGUCAUAUCAGAAAAGCCCAGUAAAUCUUUUCACCUCAGAGCCUUAGAAUAGAUACUGUAGCCAGGAAAUAGCUAAAUUAAUAAAGAUAAGAGGGGUUCUGUUUGUUUUUCACAGAGAUUGGGAAAGUUGCGACUUAUCUACAGUUUUGAAUUGGCUAUGCUGCUUUUGAAAUUCAAAGCCAGGUUAAGACUUUGGUCACAUCACCUGAGGUCAGGGUAUGCUUUGACUCUUCCCUGCUUCAGAGUUAGCUUCAGGAAGUUGCAUGUUGAUGUAGAGUUGACACUAGAUUUUCUUAGAGAUGUGGUAGUGUUGUUGAGAAGGAUAAAUGACUCUAAGCUGAGUUCACUGAAGAAAUAUUUGUAAUGGUGUCUGAAAGUGCCCCCCCAAUUAUCUUUAUUUUGAUAAAUCUUUUUCCAAGUCUGUGCACUGGAUGCAGAAUGUCAAUCACCGUCACCAGAGAGAUAAAGUGUAGCACUUGACUUUUGCACUGCUAGCAUCUCCUCCUAGUGCUAGACAUUUUUCAGAUUGUGAGUGGAUACAUGAGCAAAGGGAUGUACUGACUAGAUAGGAUAAUGCAGGAUUUGUUUUACUCUUGUUGAAACAUGAAGUUCUUCCAAAGCUGAAAUUGUGACCUCCAUCUCUUUGAGUCUUCUCUUGAUGUUCUGUGUGAUGUAUGACCUAUGUUGUCUCCUACGACUUCUGAGUGGAGACCUGGCCAUAUCAACAUCCAGCUGUUGUGGGUAUUUCUUGUCCUAUUAGGCAACAGGAGCUGGGCCACCCUCAACACUUUGGAGGGGAAGAAAAAACUAUUAAUUAGACAGCGUGAGGAAAAAUUGCAAUCCUGUUUGUCCUUAGGAAAAAAUUCUGGCUCUCAUAGUUAUUAAUUUACCAAACACUAGAUCCACUUUGUCAAGAAUUCAUGAGCUUCCUAAAGUUGCAUGUAUUAUUGUUUUCUAUACUGAUUCUUCCAUAUAUAUGUUAGUUUUGACUAGUCAAAGCUAGUGCUAAAAAUGUUAACUUGUCGUGGUGUUUGAAGUUCUGAAUCUUGGCUUUAAAAGGAGGAAAGAAAAGGUUUUUUCACCCCAUAAUUUAAGUAUACCAACUGACACCAAAGAAAGAACUAAGCCAUACAUAAGCAUGUGUGUAUUUCUCCAGGCUAGUGAAACAACCUAAAAGCUUGAGACACUGCAACUCAAAAAAUAUCAAAGAGUAUUCCAACUAUUAAUAUUGGCCUCAGCAAAGCAAUCCCAUAGUCAUCUUCAGUGGAGAAAGCGCAUAUGCUUAGUAUAUACAAAGUUAAUGAAAGACUACUAUAGUAUAUUGAUUUGGGAGGCUACUCUGCCUGCCUGCAUGAGAUUAAAAAAUUCCAGCCUACAACUUUGUUCAUCAAAUCCAGAUGAGUAAAAUUUAUUUUGCAGAUAGAGUGUACUAGUUGAAGAGGGAUUGUGUUCAGUGGAGUAUUGUCGCUACUGAAACAUGAACUUCCUGGCAAAUGCAGUCAGUCUGUGACUUGUUUAGUGUAUUCUAUGUCUUUAGAGGACAGAUGAGCAUAUAUUGCUCAAAACAGGAAGAGAAAAAAAACCUGCCUUUUUUAGCCUCAAGUAGUUUUUAGACUGAAUAAUCUCAUCCUAUUAGCUGAAUUGUUUCAGAGUGUCUUCAGUUAGAGCAUUCCAAGUAGUUAAACCAUUCUUAACCAGGAGCUUUUAAUGUACGUGACAGUGCCCAGGCCCAUUAUAUAGAGCAGGCACUGUAAUUCUGGUUCUCCAAUAAUUUUCAAGCUCUGUUAGUCUUCAUGUUUUUCCAAGAUGUUCGAAGAGUACCCUUCUCUUUUCUUUUUUUUUUUUUUUUGGUGGGGGGUGGCAGAAGAAAUGCUUGUAAUUUGGAAGCUUCUUCCUGCCACAGUUCCUUUCUCAACCACAGUGAAAUUAACAACAGUGUCCUUAGUAUGCCUUCUAAUAGCUUAUACCCAAGACCCAGUAACCACAUUAAUGCAUUCUUUCCUUUUGAAGCUUUGCAUUAUGGAAUGAAUUUUUGCUUUGAACCGUAUCUGCUAUAUCUGUUCUACUUUUGAGAAAACUCAGUUUGGUGAAGGUUCAGGAGUUUAAAUGAUUCAGGUUAACACUGUACAACACAAACCAAUAGAAAGUUACUGCAUGUAUCAUACUGUAUUGGCCACAGUAAUAUAAAUUCUUUAUUCUCUGCUGCUAUUCUACUGGUUCUGUAUUUUAAUAUUACAAAGUAAACUCUGAUGCUAAGUUACUGUAAUGCCUGAGUUUUACAUGGAAAACUUUCACAGCUAAUUUGCUAAGUAUCAGUUAAAUCUUUCUGUCGUGAAAAGUUAUUGUUAAAAUGUUUAUUCAUCUACUUGUUCCAUUUUCCCUUUUCUUCCCUCAACAUCCAAGCUACUCUUUAUUUUAACUGUAGCUGCAGAGCUUUCUCUUUCAAAUAAGAACGUCAUCUUCAACAACGUAGACUCAUACGUUCUUCCAUUAGCUAGCAGCUCGAUGUAUAGUAUUCAUGAAUAUUAUCUUUUUUCAAACUUUUGUCAGGUUAGCACAAGGAGAUUCAGUCUAUAUUAUCACCGAAAGAGCCUUUUUUCUUUUCUCCUUUAUCCAAAUCUGAUCGUUUCUUUUGAGAAAUUGUUUUACUGUGUUGGAUUGAGGUACAAUUGCUAGAACUACUUAAAUGGAAGCAGAAAGGUAUGCAGUGUCAAGAGUGGUCUCUAAAACAAACAUGAAGAAAUAUGGGGUUUUAACCAGAUUACUGCGUAAUUUCUUCAGGAAUAGGAUUCUUAAAUUCUGUAAACCUUGAUGCUUUGCAGCAUUACUGGAUCCCAGGGUGGUUUAGAAAGUCACUUAGCUUCUCUUACAAAUUUAUGUUGUCUUGAAUGUGUUUGAAGUCAGCCACUCUUAGUAUGUAUAUUUAUAAAGCUGCUGUGGCACAAGUUUUCCAAUUAAUAUAUUGCAAAUUUAUUUUCUUUUUGCCUCCAAGUGUCUUCCCCUGCAGGGCAGGGAAAAUUAUUUUACUAAAAAUGUUGGUAUGUAAUGUAAUGUAAAUGUGAGAGCUCGGAUAAUGUGAGAUGUAUAGGCUUGUUUAAGUGGUCUCGUGAUAUGCCUGGUCAUUCUUGCUAUCAAGGCAUUAAAUUUGCUAAUAAGAUAAAAUCAGGGUGGCCUUUCUGUUUUUAUUUAGAGAUGCUUUCACAUCAAAUACAUGAUGAUGGAUGCAAAAGAUUAUUUUGGGGUCAGUGUUAAAGGUUUGUAUUGGUUUGCAUUUGAACAGAAUGAAAGUAUUCCUGUUCCCUUGGAUAGAUUGUUUAAUAUAUUCCAUAAUUACUGCGCAGCUAUAUUUCUGACAGGAUUUUAAAAAAUAAACUUAAUUAA